UAUCAACAGAAGAAAUUCCAGUAUUUUUAUCCUAAUCGGCCCCGUGCUUCGGAGGCAGUCGUUUUAUUUUCCAAGUGUUGACAAUGAAAAUGUGUCUUCUGGGGGUUUCCCGAAAUUACUGUCGUGUUUGCACUUUGAUUAGUUCAAAUCUUUCUCCAAGUCGUGCCGAGGCCAAUUUUUAAUACGCACAUGCUUCCAUACUGCAGAGGAAUACGCAUCAAAAGCCCCUAAAAGUAAACCACAAAGGGACGUGAGGUUUGAAUGAAGAGAUGCCAAAAUGUUUAUAUUACUCCAAGCGGCGGCUUUUCUAUGGGUGCACAUUAAAAGGAUUCUCGUUAUGGAAAACACGGUGUAUGCAAAAAAAAAAAAAAAAGUGCCCCUCUCCAGCUGGAUUUUCGUAUGCGCGUGUGUCUACGAGCGCCUGCGAGCGCCGUGUGGCGCUGCGUAUGUCCGCCUUCCCCUUUAAGAUGUGCCCAGCUCGCGCCGCGCGCACACGGGGGAAGUGUGCGUGUGAACCAGUGGAAACUGGACCCGUGAGAAACACAACCGGUCCGACCUGUGCUCGCGCGCGCGAAGAUCUGCAACCUCUUUCCCGCUAACCGUACUCGGAGAAGCUCCUUCGAUAACUCGCCCGAUUGAAAACCACACCAGUGAUCGGUGUGAGUCGGGGACACAGAGACACAAAAAGUACCGUCUGCGCGGAGCGUGCGUGUGUUCGGCCGGCGUGGUCCGUUCGGGGGUCAGGGUCGCCUUUUUAGGGAGAAAUAAUGGUCAUCAGCGACACGUGUCAGUGUGAUAUAGACUGAAAAAAGAGCGGAAAACACACGUGUGUGUUGGAUUUUGUGUUUUUGUCGACCAGGUCACAACUGUUUUUAUUUCUUUCGAGUGCUGAAUAACGCGGCGGCCGCCGAUCGUCGUCAAAAGUAAUUCCGGCGCAUCUCCUCUCCGUUCUCUCUGAAGAAGCAUGGAGGUGCUGUGUUUCCGACUGCCGGGUCAUGGCGAUGCCACCCUGCAGAACCUCAACACCCUGCGCUCCAGCCAGCACUUCUGCGACAUCACCAUCGUGGCCAGCGACCAGCAGACUUUCCGGGGUCACAAGGUCGUGCUGGCAGCCUGUUCGCCCUUCCUGCGAGACCAGUUCUUACUGAACCCCUCCUCCGAGCUGCAGGUGUCCAUGCUGUACAGUUCAAGUGUUGUUUGUCAGCUGCUUCAGUCAUGUUACACUGGCAUACUGCAGUUCAACCCCAAGGAGAUAGUCAACUACCUGACAGCUGCAAGCUAUCUGCAGAUGGAGCAUGUGGUGGAGAAGUGCCGCGGGGCCCUCAGUCAGUAUCUGCAGCCCAGAGUGCCAAGUCCCUCGGGGACUAUAAAACUGGAGGAGAACCAGUCUUUGCUGUGUGAGGACAGACGCCAACUUUCACGUGCCAGGUCUCCACCUGCAAGCCAGCUAGCUCCACUCGCACCUCCCAACCGUCAAAACUCCCAGGCCUGUGUAGAUGUGCAUACCCAAAGCGACCUGCACAAGGAAAGCCCUGUAGAUGAGAACAUCUCGGUGGUAAAGGUAAAACCUGCGGGUCCCUCGCGACAGUUUCAGGAAGAGGAGGAAAGAGAAGACUAUGAGGUUUUCCAGGUGUGCAUAGAGGAGGAUGAAGAAGGCAUGGAGGACAAGCAAGGGGAAGAUGAUACAGGAGAAGUUGGAGGAGGAGAAGGAGUGGUCCUGGACAGCCACUUCCAGGAAACAGCAGCGGGCAGAGAAAAGGGUUGCGAUGAGGAUGGGGAACGAAUUGGUGACCUCAUGGGUGGCGCGGUAGAAAGAGAAGGGUAUAGAAUCUUGAGGAGGCGGCAAGGGGAUCGAGGAGGUGGCAGAGCGAGAGGGCUUUGCCACAGAAAACGCCAAGUGUGCGGAGAAAGGAGGCUCCCUGGGGAACACUUUCAGGAUGAUUGGCAUGUCCCAAUAUCAGAGGAGAUAAUGGGGAGCUACGGGCUGGUCCAAUCAGACUUCAGUCACGGCGGAACUAAGUCUGCAUCUUCAGGCUAUUUCCCCAGCUCUGACCUCGGGCAAACAGGAGGCCGACUUCCGCGGGGUGGCUAUGGAAUAAGCGAAGCCCAGAGGGAGGAUAUAGUGGAAGAACUUGGGUCAGAUGACUCAAAAGCUCAUUUUGGACUCGACAAUAGUGGGAGCCAGGGCAUGGGGAUGUCAUCAACCCGUGAAGAAUCUGAGUUAGAGUCAGUGGCUGUGGUGGGGUCCACUUCCUCAAGUGGGGGUCCUAUUUCCUGCGACCCCUGUGGCCUCACGUUCCCCUCAACAGAGUCCCUGACCAUGCAUGCCCGUUCUGCCCACCCACUCUUUGUGUGCCCUCGCUGUGGCAAGCAGUUUAACCAUGCCAGCAACCUCAACCGGCACAUGAGCAUCCACCGGGGCACGAAAUCCCACGCCUGCCACCUGUGUCACAAAACAUUCACGCAGAAGUCUACGUUGCGAGACCACAUGAACCUUCACAGCGGCGAGCGGCCACACCGCUGCUCCUACUGCCACGUGCGCUUCGCCCACAAGCCCGCCCUACGGCGCCACCUCAGGGAACAGCAUGGAAAGACCACUGCCCAGAAUUGCAUGGAGGCUCAGAGGGAAAAAGAUAGGGAAAGGGAACGGGAGGAGAGGGGGAUGUGAUGGCUAGUUUUCAGUCUGCCCCCUCGUUCGCUGUAAACUUUGUGACCGACUUGUCUCAAACUCGUAUGAUAGCUGUGUUGCCAGUUACCUUCAACAACGACGUCGGCAGAGAGUGCGACGUCGUCGUUGAAGGUAACUGGAAUAAAGCAGAAGGGGAAGGCCGCAGGAACCAGACAAGGACAGAAGUGCAGACUAGAAUUCAUGGCUGAGUUCAUUUGCACAAGGUGACCUUAACUAUAAUUUCAGAAAGUGAACCGGUGGAUAUUUUCUCAAGACUGACAUGAGCUGUAGGCACUGCACCUAAUAGCGUGAUAUUUAUCAAUUACUAAACCUUUUUAAUAAAAUUUUUGUUGCCUAUGAAUACAGUACAGAAGAACUCUGAAAAUUAACAUUUUGUUAGACUACCGAGAAUGAGUAGUUUCAUUACAUAUUAGCCUUGCAUAAUAUCCCAUAGUUUAAUAUCACCGCGCGGCGGGUUGGACCGGGUCCUGCUCUCCGGUGGGUCUGGGGUUCAAGUCCCGUUUGAGGU